AUGGAGCCCUCUGAAGGUACUACGGAUGUGGUGCAUCCUGAGGUUCGGGCGCAUAUAAACAGUCUAGUCUCAGCGCUUGGUGGUUUUAGUGCCGACGACGAUGGACGCUACGUACUUGGAGACUCCGCCUUGGAGGUUCUUAGGGAUAUUAAAAAAUGGAUUCGAUUUUACGACGAGAAGACGAACCGAAUGGACGUUGCGCGAUGUCUUGCCGAAGCAAACAUAGUCGACGGCGAUUUGCUGCAUAUCCUUGCGACAUGGCCCGAGAACGAGACGAACAAUAAGUUCAGAGCGAGAGCUGCCCUAGCAUGUUUCGAGAUUAUGGUACCAUUGACCUGGCCAUUGGAAAGAGAUCGUGAUCAGAUGACUGUCAACCACCAUAGACAUCUUCCGGUGUUGCAGCUUGCCCAACUUGGUUAUAAGCGUGCCAUUAUCAACUUCGAUGCUGCCCAGAUUCUCCAUACCGCCGUACGAGUUGCAUUGCCUUCCAUGGCUCUAUCACGAAGCGAUCGAUCCGGACGUGACGAAGGAAUUAUCAAACUAGUCCUGCUGUUUCUGCGGAACGUAGCCAUGAUUUCGCCACCCCCGGGCGUUCAAUAUGACGGAGACGAAUCUCAGAUCUCGCGUUCCGCUCUAAUCGAUGCGUUUUCCUAUCAAGAUAUUCUUCUCACCCUCUUGACAAUAGCUUCCAAUAUGGGAGAUGAUUUCAACCAGGAGGGAGUUAUUGUGAUGGAGAUCAUUUUCCACUUAGUCAAGCGAGUCGAUGUCACUAAGUUGUUCAUGGAUGAAAAGCAGCUUGGCAAAGCGAAAUCGAAUGAACUCACGGCGAUGAUGAAUAAGGAGGCGGCAAUGCACCGACCAUACAAUCGAAAAGCGCCGUCUAGACAUAAUCGAUGGGGGACUAUGCUCUGGGUGGAUCGAGGCGACGGUAAAGUUUCAACUGUCACCGGCCAAGAUGCUUUGCUUGAUGCGGCCACUAGACAGCAUAAAAUGGAUAAUAGCAAGGUAUAUCGUCCACCGCGGAGACCUAGGAAGGAAGAUAUGGAGCCGAAGGAUCUUGGACCUCCAGUAUCACUCAAUGCUAGGGCACGCCAGCAAUUGAAGGGUUUUGUGGAGGAAUUCCUAGAUUCUAGUUUCAACCCCCUUUUCCAGCACGUCCGAAAGAAGAUCGAUGAGCAAAAGGACUACGUUUUCGAGUAUCAUUCUCGGCAGUUCUUCUACUUGGUCUCGUGGUUUUUGGAAGCGGAAAGAGUGCGAAAGAAGGUUGCGAAAGACAAGGCGAAGGACCAGAAGUCGGCAAGCGCCGAAGACGUCGGUUCGUUCAACCUCGUCGCCGGAGUUCUUAACCAGCAGACGUUCAUCACGUUAAACAGAGCAAUUGGAGAUGCGCUGGAAAGCAAGCGUUGGCAGGAGUUAUGUGCCGCUAUGCGAUGUUUUACGCAAAUUCUUCUCACAGUACAAGAAAUGUCAGAGUCUGGAAACGAAGAUGAUGAAGAGAUCGCAGAGAAUAUUCUCGCCCGUAUUUUCUACGAAGACGAAACACACGACAGAAUUGCAAAUAUUGCGAGGGACUAUAAGGAUCAAGGUUUUGAGUAUCUUGAUGCCUGUACCGAGCUUACACACACUUACCUCCGCGUUCUGGAGGCUUACUCAAAACAGAACGUAGACAUGCAAGUGCGAUCACGACGGCGAGUCCGUAAGAAGAAGAAGGCUGCAAACGCUGCUGGUGAAGAUGAGGAGAAUCCCGUAGAAGAGGGAGACGAUUCCGAGAACGACCAGGCAAACGCAGAGCGAACAUCACGCGAGCGAAAAUUCGACUUCAAUCGCUUUGUAAAUCGCUUUACCCCUCAAGGCGUGGUGGAUACCUUCGUCAAGUUCACAAAAUACUACAAGGACCUCGACGAUACCCAGCUGAAGCGGGCGCAUCGCUACUUUUAUCGCAUAGCUUUCAAGCAGAACAUGAGCGUCAUGCUUUUCCGCGUUGAUAUCAUACAACUAUUUUAUAGCAUGAUCAAAGGCCAGGAACCCCUGGACAAGGCUUCCUCGAUGUACAAGGAAUGGGAAGAGUUAGUGAAGCAGAUUCUCAAGAAGUGCAUCCGUAAGGUUGAGGAGCGACCGCAGUUAAUCAUAGAAAUGCUGUUCUCGAAGAUCAAUGCAACGGCACAUUACCUGGAGUACGGGUACGAGAAGCAGACACUGUCUACUACCCAAUCUAGACCGGCGGCCGAGUUGGAGUUCCGACAUCUCGUGGACAGGGAUCAACAGAUUGCCAUUGCCGUCGGUGUCCUGUUAGAUAAAAAUUUGGCCGACCAUGUUAAGUGGCUUAAAGGCCAGCUAUCUACCGCAGAAACGGAAAGGAGAGCUUGGGAAGAGGCAGAGAAGGCAAUGCCAUCGGUAGAAGGGCCACUUGUGGAAGGGGGUGAGAAGAAGGAUGCAAAUGAGGUAGAAAAAGAGGGCGCAAAAGAGGGUGAAAAUGAAGGCGAGCAACAGAAUACCGAGAGCUCGCCAACUAAAGAAUUCCCUGUCAUCUCUAUACGAACGGACAACGACGCUCGUCGCACAGCCGUAUUCAAGAAUUCCCACCUCCGACUCCUCAUGAAGCUCGUCGGUAUCGAACGCCUCGUCCCGGAUAUAGACGAGACGCCCGAAUCAGCCUGGAUCAUCCCAUCGCGUCUGACGCCCGACCAAUUGAAGGAAUCCGUAGACUUGAUCAACAAGGCCGAGUUCAACCCGCCGACCUUCGAGGACGGUAAACUGGCAGAGGACCAACUGAGGAGGAAAACAGCGCCGCGGAAGAAAGCCGUGUUCGACGACGACGAGGAUGGCGGAAUCGUCGAUGACGAUGACGACGAAAUCUUGUUCCCGGCAGGAGGCCCGACGACGCGUAAGGUAGCGGACGCACACCUAGACAAGCCUAAGAAAACUCGGCGCCGCCGCCGCAAGGGCAGCGAGGCAGCAGAGGAGGAGCUCGGCGAAGAAGAACUGCAGGAGAAAGAAAGGGCGCGCAGGGAGCGCGAGAAGGCUAAGGCGAGACGGUUCAAGAGCGAGCUUUACGUGCACGCGAGCGACGACGAGUCGGACGAGGAAGACGGCGGCGGCGCGAAGUGGGCUGAGUUUUACGCUAAUGAGGAGAGGAUCCGGCAGAGGCAGCAGCAAGUCGCGGCGCAGCAUGGGGCGGCGGGGGUUACGACUACGUCGGUUGCGAAGGCUGAGCCUGUGAAGGCUGGGAUUGUUAGGGAGGAGAGGAAGAGGAAGAGGAAGGCUGAGAUGUUGGGGGAGAGUAAGGGAGAUAGUGGUGAUAGUGAUGGUGAUGAUGAUUUGGUGUUGGCGAGGGAGGACGAUGAUGAUGAGGAGGAGGAUGAGGAUGAAGAUGAUUUGUCGAGUCGGAGCCGGAAGAGAGGCGCUAGGGAUGAAGAUGAGGAUGAGGAGGACGGGGGCGCGGAUGAUACGCCGUUGUCUAGUCCGGGGGCCGGCGAGGCGACGGGUGCGAAGCGCAGGCGGUUGUCGAAAGAGCCGUCUGCUGCUGCCGAGGAAGAGGACGUUGACAUGGAGGAUGCGGAUGACGAUGUGCCUUCUUCGAAAGCGCCGGCGAGGCGGCGGAGGGCGGGGUUUGUGGUUGAGAGUAGUGAUGAUGAGGAGUAAUGACUACGGGCUAUCUACAUAGGAAAGAUUACAUUGUUACGGCGUUACGGUGUGCCUAGGGAUAGGGAUAGGGAGGAGGGCUGUUGCAUAGGAGGUAGUUUUCUGGAUCCGAAUUGCACGUUCGAAUUACAUGUUCAUGGCCUUGAUUCGACGCGGAUUGUAACACAUGUAGUAGCAGUGAAGUGUGUUGAUAAGGAGCGACUAUGUAUCCUCCAUACCGUUUCGUUUAAUAUCGUACAAGAUGUUUUUAUUUUUGGGAAUUUCCAAAAGGAAACCUAAACCGGUAGAUCGUGUUGCCCAACUCCUGUCAUGAUACAUUGACAUUUAAAAACAAACUCACACCAACACCAAAAAGCCUAGCGCAAAUCCGCUUCGCGAAGCAAUAGACGUAGAGCUAGC